AAUGGAAUUUCGUACAUUGGUGGUAGAAAGCUGAUAGAUAAUGCACUGCAGCUGGCCAGUGACACUUUUGGAGAUGCUAGACCUCAGGUGCCAAGAAUUGCAAUUAUUAUGACAAGAGGUAAUGACCUCACAAGCGCUGGAUCCUACUCGUUGGAAAACGCUAUUCGUUCACUUCGCGAGCGUAACGUGCAUACUUUUGUCAUUGGAGUUGGCGAUAAUUUAGAUAUGAACACGCUUGAAAACAUGGUAAACGAUCGAAAAAAGGUCAUAACUGAGAGAUCUUUCGACCGAUUAAACCAUUAUGCACCAUCACUAGCCAGAUAUAUAGCUAAACACACAGAUAUUUCAACACCACUUGAUUCAAGUACAGAUGUUGUUUUCUUGAUCGACUCAUCUAAGACUGUGGGAGAAGAAAACUAUCGAAGAUUAAAAGAAUUUGUAAUGGCACUAGCAAAGUCAUUCAAACCAGCCAGAAUAGGUCCUCGUAUUGGCACUGUGGUAUUCUCCCGAAACGCGUACACUGUUAAUAACCUUCCUGACUUCACAACCUAUCAAGACUUUACGGAAACACUUAAAAAAGCUGGAUUUCUUCGGCGAUCUAGAAGAAUAGACAAAGCCAUCGAAAGAUUGGGUGAAAUGUUUGAAAUUGACAUUCGUGGUGGUCCAAAGAUUGGAAUUCUAGUUUCAACUGGUCCAAGCAGCAUAGAACACGGUUCUAAAACCUUGAAUGAAGCGAUGAAAAUGAUGAAGCAGAUGGGAGGAAAGAUGUACUCCAUAGCCAUUGGCCACAAAAUAGACGACAAAGAAAUUUUAAGCAUCAGUCAUCCCAAUGACAUCAUCAAAAUGCCUGAUUUUCGUUCUCUGCAAGCGAGUGUGCAGACGAUUGGACUUCACAUUAGUAGGACGUAUGGAAAACAGGGUCUACAGCGGACAUCGCUCAAUUAUGAUGUUGUUUUUAUGAUUGAUUCUACCUCGGAUGUUUCGUCAUCAGACUACCAAGCACAGAAAGAUUACGUCAAACGUUUUCUUCGGUUCCUCACACUUACAUCAGAUACAACUCGAGCAGCAUUAAUAAUUUAUAGCAAUUACGGGCUUGUGAAAUAUAGUUUAAGAGACUUCCUGUCACAGGAAAAAUUUGAAAAAGAUCUCGAAAAUAUAGAACAUCUUGGUGGAUCAAGAAACUUUGAUAAGGUGCUGGAAAGAGCAGCGACAGUGCUUACCGAUGCUCGUCCCGGUUCAAAAAAGAUAGCCAUCCUUCUAACUGCAGGUCAUCAACARCAAAAAGGAGCAAAAGCACUUAACGAUGCCGCUCGUCCUCUUCGCUCAAUUGGAGCAAAGAUCUACGUAAUUGCCAUUGGAAACCAAGUAAACACUAAUGAGUUGCAGAAGGCUGUACAAAGAUCAGAUGACGUCAUAAUAGUCCCGUCAUUUGCUAUUUUGAGAAACGCUGCUCAGGAGAGUGUAAAUCAUAUAUUAGGGAUCAAAGGUGUUCCUGAUGAAUUUCAGGCAGAUAUUCUAUUUAUGAUAGACUCUUCUAAAGAUAUUUCACGACGUGAUUUUGAUAAUCAAAAGGACUAUGUGAAGUACAUCGCAAAGCUCUUAAACGUAAGGACAAGUAAAUCUCGGGCAGCAGUCGUCAAGUAUGGGGACAGACCAGUGGUUCUAUCACGUUUUGAGAGUUUUCGGUCACUAGAAGAAUUAUCAAAGCAAGUUGAUAGGGCCCAACCGGUUUGUGGUGACAGACGAAUGGAUAAUGCAUUUGACAUAGUACCGGGUAUAUUCAAAAGUGCUCGUAACCAUGUCCCUAAAGUCAUAGUCGUACUUGUUGGUGGUAAGCAAGACACUGCCGCCCGACCAAUUGCUGAUUUUUCUGAAAAGGUUCACAAUAUAGGCGCUAAUCUAUUCAUUGUUGCUGUUGGUCAUGAAGUCGACUAUAGUAAAUUAAGAGCAGCAGUAGAAAAACAAGAAAACAUGGUUGUUGUGCCUUUAUUUGGUAAACUGAGACAUCAUGUUUACGGAUUAAUCAAGCAUAUUGCUGAAAAUUCACCGAAGCCAGAAAAAUUCCGUGGGGAUGUGAUAUUCAUGUUAGACUCCUCGGAUUCUAUCUCUUCAAGUGAUUUUCUAAAGCAGAAAAACUUUACCAAAUCUGCGGCCAAAGCGAUCAAUGUCUUUGAUGGGAAGUCUAAGGUGGCUGUUAUUAGUUACGGCUCCACAUCGACACAAGCGAUACGCUUUGGUAGUUAUAAAACCAGCGAUGAAUUUCAAGCAGCUGUAGAUUCCAUUCAGCCGCGAGGUGGGUCACGAAGACUGGAGUUGGCGCUAGAUAGUGCACUGAUUGAACUGGAAAGAGCCAGACCGAAUGUCCCUAAAACCGUUAUUCUUGUUAGUGGUGGUAAGCAGGAUUUUUUCAACCAAGAUGUUUUCAAUGCUAGUGUAAAGGCUUUAAGUAGACAAGGAGCUAAAGUCAUUCUGAUGGSWGUUGGCUCGGAACACAAUGUUGGCCUGCUUGGUCCAUUUGUACAAMCAGCGCAUGACSUUUUUGAUGUUGAAAAUUUUGAUGCACUUCAAGAUAGAGGAUGGGCCAUCGGAAGAACUAUCGUCCGCAAUAUUGGUGCACCAACAUCUUUCCUCUCUGACAUCAUCUUCCUUUUAGACGCUUCUAAGGGAGUUAGUCACUCUGAUUUUCUUUCUCAAAAAUAUCACAUCAAACGGCUAGCAAGACUUUUGAACGUCCAAUUGGGGCUCUCUCGGGCUGCCCUGGUCAUCUUUUCUAAAAAUGCCAAAACUGCUUUUUCGUUUGAUGAUUACGAUUCGAUGGAAAUGUUAGAUAAAAAGGUAGAUGAUGCUGCGUUUCUUGGAGGAACAAGAAGAAUAGAUAACGCAUUGAGGUCAGCAGCUCAUCUUCUUAAACAAGCACGCAUCGAUGCCAAUAAGGUUGUCAUACUUUUCGCUGCAGGUCAGCAAGCUCCUGGUGCAACAAGUGUUCAUGUCGCAGCAAAGCCACUGAAAGAUCUUGGGGCAAGGUUGUUCAUAAUUGCUCUCGAUCCUCGAUAUGAUCGCAGGAACUUACUAGCUGCAGUUGAGACGUCCAAAGAUCUAACAGUUAUAAAAGCGUUUCGUGAUCUACAAUAUAAAGUAUCAUCUUUAUCAAGACACAUAGCGUCCGAAAGUGAAUAUUGCAAGACUGCUGCUGAUGUAGUAUUUAUAGUCGAUUCUUCAGGAAGUAUCGGUGCAGAUGACUACAAAACAAUGAAAUCGUUUAUUUCUGCGAUGGCAAAAAGGCUGCGACUGUUAUCUACAGGUUCUCGUGCAGCACUURUUCAGUAUAGCACAAAUGCCACUAAGGAAAUUGAUCUCGACACCUAUUUGAAUUCAGACGACUUCUCCAGAGCUGUUGAUGCUCUAGUACAACAGCGUGGGCAAACUCGCAUAGAUAAGGCACUCAAGUUGGCAUACGAUGACAUUUUUAGCAGCAAAGGAAGUGCCAGGAAAAAUGUCCAAAAAAUAGCAUUUGUCCUCACGGAUGGUAGACAGACUCCAGAUCCUGAUGCUGUGCGACUAGAUUUGGCUUCAAAAAGGCUUAGGAUGGCUGGCGURCAUGUGAUUGCAAUUGGAAUAGGACGUAACGUUGACAAAACAGAACUAAAACUAUUGACUGAAAAUGACAAGGACGUUUACAUCACGGCGUCGUUUGAAGAACUUUUAAACAAAGUGGACAGGUUUUCUGAAAGUGCUUGCAAAGCCACACAGCGACCCAUUAACAUAGAGGCUGAUAUUAUAUUCUUAAUGGAUUCUUCUCAAGAAGUCACCGAGAGUACCUUCGUCGGAGAAAAGGAACUGACGAAACACUUGGCUAGAUUACUUAAUAUUUCUCCAGGCAAGUCAAGAGGUUCUGUCGCUACAUAUGGGUCGAUUGCAAAAAAAGUGAUUUCUUUGGGAGAAUUUCAAUCAAUGACCGCUUUCGAGGAUGCAAUUGAUAACGCUAUAUUCAUUGGAGGAGAGAGGCGAAUGGAUAAAGCACUUGAGAUAGCUGCAUCUAUGUUGGCCAGAGGAAAUCCAUCUUCACCCAAGAUCGCAGUGUUAAUGACUACAGGCAAUCAGGGCAAAGUAUCUGAUGAAAACAAAUUCAGUCUUGGUACUUAUUUGUUGAGAGACCUUGGUGCAAACAUUUUUGUUGUAGCUAUUGGUAACAAGCCAUCUAGACAUAAGCUUCUUGAAAUUGUUAGGAAACCUUCAGAAAUUUUGUCUGUUCCRAAUUUUGAUGACAUCRUURCUCGAGCAUUGCCAAUUUCUCAAGAAAUCUCUCAUUCUGGUGCGUCACCGGAUUUUGUUGCCAAUAUAAUAUUUUUAGUGGACACGUCAAGUGAUGUAACUCCAUCACACUUUACUAGCGAGCAAGCGUUUAUCAAAGAAUUGAGUAAGCAUUUUAACUUAAGACCUGGCUACUCAAGGGCAUCAUUGGUCCCUUACGGAACGACGGCUGACGUAGGUCUGCGCUUUGAAAGUUACACUACAUCAGCUGAGUUUGAUUCAGCAUUGAAUGGCUUGAGACCAGUAGGUGGACAGCGAAACAUCGAUAAAGCGUUAGCAACUGCUGCUCAACUAAUACCCGAUGGACGCCGCGAUGUGCCGACAAUUGUUGUGCUGUUGGUUGCUGGAAAUCAAAACGUUCAGGCGCUACCAUUACCACAAAAAGCUAUAUCUCAUAUUACAAAUCUUGGAGCUCAUAUAUAUGUGAUAGGUAUUGGCCCUGAGAAACAAUUCAGCAUGUUUAAGUCUUCUCUGAAUCCAUGGUCUUUCUUCAAUAUUCUUUCCUUCAAUCAUCUGACAGGCAAUGCUCCGAGAAUAGCAAGACAAAUCGCAUCAGCUACUCCAUCUUGCACUGUGCCAGUGGAUUUGGCUAUUCUUAUGGAUUCCUCUGCACUUAUCAGUCCGUCUAACUACGCUAAAAUGAAAUCUUUUGUGUCCUCGUUAGUUAGUAAUUUUGGAAUAUCACGUGGUUCACGUACAGCGGUUAUUCUAUUCAGUGACUUCGCAAGUAUAGAGAUCGAUUUUGGACAUCAUCAAAACUUUAAUGACUUCAGAAAACACGUUGAUGGUUUAUUCCACCAAAGAGGGAGAAACCGAAUAGAUCGAGCAUUGCAACUAGCUCAUAGUGGACUCUACGGUCCUAAUGGCUCCGCUCGUCGUGGUGUACACAGAAUMCUUGUGCUUCUCACAACUGGAGAGCAGACGCGCGAUCCUGACUAUCUACCCCUGGAUAAAGCUGCUUCAGUUUUGAGGAAAGAGGGUGUUUAUAUUUUUGUCGUUGGAAUAGGCUCUAGUGUUAACAAAAAAGAAAUCAGGACUAUGGUAGAAAAAGAGAGCGAUAUUUUUCUGGCAUCAUCGUUUAGCGAUUUAUUAGGAAAAGUUGGGUCAUUUUCGAAAACGUCCUGCGAAGAGCCCCAAUCACCAACAAAUGCUKACUUAGACGUWGUUUUUGCGGUCGAUGGCUCAUCAGCUAUAAGGAAGAGCGAAUACGACAAUCAAAAGAAAUUCAUAAAGAAAACAGCUCGUUCGCUGAACAUUGCUCCUGGUAAAUCGCGUGGUGCACUAGUGACUUAUGCCAACGUACCAAAUCGAAUCUUCAUGUUUGAUGGAUACGACUCUCAGUCGCAAUUCGAUAUUCAAGUAGAUGGAGCUAUGCAAAAAGGUGGACCACGUCGCCUAGAUAAAGUGUUAGAAGAAGCGAGGAAAAUGUUCAACUUUUCUCGAGCUGGCAUACCAAAAUUGCUUGUUUUGCUUACCGGAGGAGAUCAGAAGUYAGGAGUUGGUGUUCAGGAUCUURCCGAGAUAUCCAGACAUUUGUAUAAUAUGGGAACAACAAUAUACGUUAUCAAUGUUGGAAAUGACCCKGGAAGUAAAAUACUGCAAUCCAUGGUGGAGAACCCCAAAAAUAUGAUUAAUGUGAAGUCAUUUGAUUUACUUCCUUUAUUGUCCAGUUCAAUUGCAAGAGAAAUUGUCAAAGGAACGCUUAUAGAGAAAUGCGACAUCCCUUUGGAUAUUGUUUUCAUCGUUGAUUCAUCUGGUAGUAUACGUGUUGGAGACUACAGAAAAGUGAAAUCUUUCAUCGCUCGUCUUGCAAGCAAUUUUCAUAUUUCACCAAUCAGUACACGACUUGGUUUAAUCCUGUACAGUAAUAAUGCAACGAAACAAAUUGAUUUUGAGGAUUAUCCAAACAUCGAUAGCUUUGCUUUUGCUGUGGAUGCUCUUCCACACCAAAGAGGGAAGACGCGUAUCGACAAAGCACUUCUUUUGGCUUAUAAAGAAUUCUUUGGACCAAAAGGGAGUGUUCGUCGGAGAGUUUUGCACAUCGCCAUAAUCAUGACUGAUGGUAUGCAGACGAAAACCCAGGAUGCUGUUUCACUUGACAGGGCUUCAGAAGCUUUGAAGCGUGCAGGAGUGUAUAUAAUGGCAGUAGGCAUUGGACAGGAUGCACAACGUCAAGAAUUAAGACUUUUGACUACAGAUGACGAUAACGUACUUAUGCUGGAGUCGUUUGACGCUCUCUUGAGAAGAGUACAAAGUUUUGCUGAAACAGCGUGUCAAGCUUCUACUUUUCCUUAUAUUGACGGAGAUAUCAUUUUUGUUAUUGACUCUUCGGCUGCUGUGAAAACCGGAGACUACUUCAAGGAAAAGGAUUUUAUAAAAUCACUGGCUAAAUUCUUAAACGUUCGUCCUGGUCAUUCACGAGCUGCUCUGAUCACGUAUGGCAGUCAAGCCUUCCGUGUUAUUAACUUUGAUGAAACGGACACCUUGAAAGGAUUUGAACAAGCAGUAGAUAGAGCUGGAAAAGCUGGAGGGCCAAGACGUAUCGACAGUGCUUUGGCUUCAGCGGCCACGAUGCUCGACAAGUCUCGACUUAAUGUUCCAAAGAUCGUAGUUCUUUUGAUAGCAGGUGAAACAUCUCCAGCGAUUACCCGUAAUGAGCUUUCUGGUGCUGCAAAGGCUCUACGGAGUCUUGGAGCUAAAACAUUUGUGGUUGCUAUAGGAAGUAAACCCACGGAAAGCGAAYUGCGACCUAUAGUUCAGAAACCAAGUGAUAUAUUUCGAAUUGAGUCAUUUGAUCUCUUACCUAUCGAGAUGCCUUCUGCAGCGAGACUAAUUGGUGAACAAACAGGAGCUCCUCCAAAUUUUGGGACAGACAUCAUAUUCAUGGCAGAUUCAUCAAAAGACGUAAGCUCGAUUGACUUUAGGAGGCAAAAAUCAGUUUUGAAGCUCAUGGCCAAUCUACUCAACGUACAAUCAAGGCAAUCGCGUUCCGCUUUCAUUACAUAUGGUGACACUCCUAAUGUAGUUGCAACAUUUGAUGUUUCACUGGAUAGGUUCAAUCUGCUUGUCAACGAGGCGUCCCCAGUCAAAGGCACACGACGAAUGGAUCUUGCUCUGGAAAGUGCAAUAAGACUAAUGUCRCAAGCCCGACCCCAAGUUCUCAAGAUUAUUGUUACAUUUACUGGUGGAGAAAAUGACAUCAUAGCAAAACCAUUGCAGUUGGCUGUCCACAAAUUACAAGAUAUGAGUAUUCGCUCCUACGUUAUUGCAUUUGGGGAAAACCCUAAACUGAAUUCGCUUAGUGAAGCAGUCAAUAAACCACACAAUCUUUUGCACUUCCCUGACUUAAGACUGUUGAGGACAAAAGGAUCAGAAAUUGCUCGUCAUAUUGCAAUGACUUCGUCUGUUUGUAAUUCUCUUGUCGAUAUCGCCUUUCUUGUUGAUUCAUCUGGCAGCGUAACGAAGUCCGACUUCAACAAAAUGAAACGCUUCAUUACCGAAAUGACGAGUAGGUUCAACUUUUCUCCUACCAAGACUCGUGCAGCUGUCAUUCUCUUUGGAAGCGAUGCCAAAACUGAAAUUGAUUUCGAAUCGUAUGGCCGUUUUGAUGCAUUCCGAGAUGCUGUUACAGGACUUCCCCAUUACGAAGGUGUCGCAAGAAUCGACCGUGCCCURCAGCUGUCAUACAAAGACUUGUUCGGUCCAAAUGGUUCAGCUCGUCCAGGAAUACACAAGAUAGCUGUUGUUAUUACGWAUGGCAAGCAAACGCCAUCAGUCGAUGCCGUUGAUCUAGAUAAGUCUGCAAAACGCCUAUUUAGAAGUGGUGUUGAUGUUCUAGCUGUUGGUAUAGGCCCGUCAGUCGAUAAAAAAGAACUACGACAGCUCGCUAGAAUAGAAAGCCAAGUUUUUYCGACUAGAGAUUUCGAAGACCUCUUAGAAAAAGUUGAGGAUGUCUCACUAACUGCUUGCAACCCCGAUAAAAGGAUUACAGACACAGAUGCUGAUAUUAUAUUUCUAAUAGAUUCGUCUAAUCUUGUCGGACCACACGACUUUGAAAAACAAAAAUAUUUCGUACAAUACCUUGCAAAGUAUCUGAAGAUGACUCCCGGUCAGUCGCGUGCARCUGUGAUAUCCUACGGCAAGACCGCAUCAAAGGUUCUUGGUUUCCUAGAUUACAAAUCUGUGCCCGAAUUUAAUAGGAUUCUACAAAGCGCUAAACCCCUUGGCGGUUCAAGGAAUAUAGUAGAUGCUAUAAGAUACACGACAUCUUUGUUGAAAGACACGAGGGYUGAUAAGAAAAAAAUUAUCAUAUUGUUAGCUUCUGGWCCACAGCAAGGACUUGAUGGAUCAAAAGGCUAUMAUGCUGCGAUGCAAGAUAUACUUAAUGCUGGUGCACAGCCUUUUAUUAUUUCCAUCGGAGACAAGAAGRGUCACAAAGCAUCACGUCCACGAGAUCGGAGAAAUAUGAUCRAAGUCGAAACAUUUGACUUGCUUUAUCCCAGAGUCUAUCCURUUGCCAGAGAAAUAUCAAAUUUUCCAGCUCCGCCAAUGCCGAUAGAGCCCGAAGAUUUCAAUGCUGAUAUAUUAUUUAUGGUGGAUUCAUCGUCUCCCGUAAGCAAAGCUGAUUUCCAAAGACAAAAAGACUUCGUAUUUGGAUCUUACAGAAAUUUAGAAUCCUUUGAAAAGCUUGUUCUUCGUGCACCUUAUAAAGUUGGACCACGACGAAUCGAUGAAGCAAUGAAAAUAGCUCUUGAUGCGUUCAGCAUUAGCCGCUAUAAUGUCCCAAAAAUAGUUAUCCUUGUGACAACUGGUCCGCAAACUCCAAUUAAGGGGUUUAUUCCUUUAAAAGAUGCCGUGAAACCUUUAUUGAGAAGAGGAAUAAGACCUUAUGUUGUAGCUAUUGGCCGUGAGCCUGAAAARUGGGGCAUACGAAAUGCAGUCGCUAGAGAUGGAGACAUUUUCCCCGUUGGAAUUUCUGCAGAGCUUUUACCUGGAGCAGGAUUGAUUGCCAAGGAAAUAGUUGGUAGAACAGGGGCACCUCCUGACUUCGCUGCUGAUAUUAUAUUUGCGAUUGACUCUUCUUCUGAAGUUGGACUCAUCGAMUAUGAACGUGAAAAGAGUUUCGUAAAACAAAUGUCCAGAUUACUAAACAUGAACACAGGACAAUCACGAAUUGCUSUAAUUACGUACGGUGAAAAUUCGCAAAUAUCAUUUCGAUUUAAUGAAUUUAAGGAUGCAGAAUCGUUUUCUAAUGCAUUGAACCGAAUGUCAUUUGUUGGAGGACAACGACGUAUAGAGCUUGCUCUUACUUCAGUCAAGAAAUUACUUGUCGAGGCAAGGCCAGAGACAGACAAGGUGGUGCUAUUUGUUACAGCAGGAAAAGGAGGACCAAAUGCACUUUCAACGGAUCUUGACGUUCAAACAAUUUUGGAAUCGGGUGUUAAAAUCUUUGUUGUCACUAUUGGAGCUGAACCUUUGGUAGAUGAUUACAAGCACAUGGUGGAAAGAAAAGCUGACAUUUUGCCUAUAGAAAGAUUUAGAGAAUUAAAUCUGAAAGCCCCUUCCAUCGCUAGAUAUAUCGCAAAAAGAGCCAAACUUUGCCAACACGACGUGGACAUUGCAUUUUUGGUAGACUCCUCUGGCAGCAUAAGUCCCAAGAACUAUGUCAAAAUAAAAUCAUUUGUCAUCGAUUUUGCUCGCCGAUUCGAUAUUUCAUCAACUGGAUCACGAUCUGCAAUCAUUUUAUACAGCAGAGAUGCGGAGAAGUAUAUCGAUUUUAAUGACAAAACAAACCUUGACGAUUUCACAAAAGCUGUUCAAGGACUUCCACAUCAAAAAGGUUCAACAAGAAUUGAUAGAGCACUUCAGGUAGCUGAACAAACUUUAUUUGGUCCUGAAGGAACUGCACGUCGCGGAUUCCAGAAAAUUGCAAUCAUUUUGACUGAUGGCAAGCAAACAAAAACACCAGACUCCGAAUCACUUGACCGGGCAUCUAGGCCCCUUAAACAAGCUGGUGUCCGCAUAAUUACAGUGGGCAUCGGAAAAUCUGCGAAUAGAGAGGAAUUGAGAUUAACUACUGAUAACGACAACGAUGUUUUGAUGCUUCAUUCCUUCAAUGACUUAAAAACGAAACUCGGAACGCUAAAAAUGAAAUCUUGUGAAGAGCCAAGAAAGCCAAGCCUUUUAAAUGCAGAUAUUGUAUUUGUGGUCGACUCAUCAUCUUCUGUGUCAGCAUURAAUUACGAAAAAGAAAAAGAGAUCGUGAAGAAAUUAUCUAAAUAUUUGAACGUGAACACUGGUCGAUCCCGAGCUGCCUUCAUAACAUAUGGAGAGAAUUCAAAAAUUGCCAUAAGAUUUGAUGACUAUCAAUCCUUCCAACAAUUACAGUCGCAAAUUGAUGGUGCACGUUACAUGGGUGGCAAAAGAAGAAUGGAUAAUGCACUUAAAGACACCCAAAUAGCUUUGAUAGAGUCGAGACCAUCGGUACCAAACAUCAUUAUCUUUAUAACUGCAGGCCGUCAAUCUUCAAGUGUCAGCAAGAGGUUCUUAGAAAAUGCAGCUAAUUCUCUUGGAGAUAUGGGGGCCCAAACAUAUGUUAUAGCAAUAGGUCCUGAACCUGAUAGUCAAGAACUCAGAAUCAUUGCUGACCGUUUACAAAACAUCAUGGAAUUCAGCUCAUUUGAUCAACUUUUAAAGAAUGUUCCGUCGGUAGUUAAGGAUAUUGCAAGCGCUAGAGAUCCAACACUUCAUCGCCUCUGGAAAGCCGAUAUUGUUUUCCUUGCUGAUACCUCCGAAGAUGUCAAGGCAAGCGACUUCAAAAUGGAAAAAUCGUUAGUGAAAAGAAUGGCUAGAUAUUUUAACGUUUUACCCGGAAAAUCAAGAGCCGCUUUUAUUUCAUACGGCAAUAAUUAUCAGCGAGUGAUAGGUUUCAAUAGCUAUACUGACAUUCAGGACUUUGAUAGAAUAUUAGACAGCUCUUCAAAUGUUGGAGGAAAACGUAGAAUUGAUCGUGCUUUAGAGGCGGCUGUCAACGAACUGAGUCUUUCAAAUCCAUUAACACAAAAAAUAGUUGUAUUAAUGACAUCAGGUCAACAUGCAUCUGGCAGAGAUGUGAAGAACAUUAAAGAAAUAUCAAGUCAACUUCACCGUCAAGGAACACUGGUAUAUGUAAUAGCAAUUGGAAAGGACCCAAGUUGUUACGAACUAAGACCAAUGGUUGAUCGACCAGAAGACAUAUUUUURAUCAAGAAUUUUGAAAGCUUGGUGUCAAUUUCAAUUGAAAUCGCAAGCAACAUACUGGAACGGUCAGGGUUUAAAGAUAAGACACCAUUUAAUGGAGAUGUCAUUUUUCUAAUGGACUCCUCCUCAUCAGUGGCAUCAAGUGAAUUCCUMCACGAAAAGUAUUUAGUGAAAACAGUCUCACGGUAUGUGAACAUCUACCCUAAUAAAUCUCGGUCUGCCGUUAUAUCAUACGGUCAAGAUCCAGAACUAGUGACAAACUUUACAGGUUAUCUCACUGUUGCUGAGUACGAAGGCCUAGUUGAUAAUGCUCUUGUGAAAAGUGGCUCCCGACGAAUUGACAGAGCUUUGGAACUAGCGAUAAAUCUUGCCACGCAGGCUAGGUAUAAUUAUCCAAAAGUCUUAAUUUUGAUAAUAGCUGGCAAACAUCCGGAAGAUUUGGAAUAUUAUAGAAAGGAGCUUACGGAACUUGGGGUAAGAAGCUAUGUAAUAUUCAUCUCACCCAAACUAGAGGAGGAAAGUGUUUUGCCGCUAGUGGAACGACCAGAUGAUGUAUUUAUGGUGAAUUCAUUUGAGCUCUUACAGCCUGCUGCCAGACCAAUAGCUUGGAAAAUUUAUCGAAGACUUGGGGCACCUCUUAUGUUCUCAGCUGAUGUGACUUUCGUGGCGGAAGCUUCCAAGGAGAUAACUCCAAUUGACUUUAAGAGAGAAAAGCAAGUUAUCAACUAUCUUGCAGCUUUACUGAACAUAAAAGAAAGAAAAUCAAGAGCAGCCUUGAUAACAUAUGGAAACCGACCAAGGAUCAAUAUUAAUUUUAACAGUUAUAGAAACCUAUAUGACUUUCAAAGACUUGUAGACAGCUCUACGCUUAUUGGGGGAUUGAGAAGAAUAGAUCGAGCAAUAACAACGGCAGUGCAGUUAAUUAAACAUGGUCGACCGGAAGUCCCAAAGAUAAUUGUAUUUUUAAUAAAUAACGGAAGCCUCGCAAGAGCUAAAUCUUUCAAAGAAUAUUUACAGCCUCUUCGGGAUAUUGGAUCCAAGAUCUUUACCAUUGCAGUUGGUUCACGUCAAGAUCAUCGUAAUUUUGAAAGGGAUGUAACGAAUCAAAAGAAUUUAAUGAUGUUUGCUAAUUUUGAGGGAGCUCUUCCACAUGCACCCAAAAUAGCUUCUUACAUAUCUUCGAGUGUGCCAUUGUGCAGUGCAAUAGCGGAUAUUACAUUCGUCGUCGAUUCCUCAAGUAGUGUUGGGUUACUCAACUAUUCAAAGAUGAAAAAAAUUGUUGUAGAAUUAGCCAAACGUUUCGACAUUUCAUCCUCACAUUCACGCGCWGCUGUUAUUACCUAUAGUGAUUCAGCAAGAACUGAAAUCUAUUUUGAUGACCACUCUGACUGGAAAGGUUUUGAGCGGUCAGUUAACGACUUAGACUACAGGAAAGGUCAGAAGAGAAUUGACCGAGCAAUUCAACGUGCGUAUUUGGAUUUGUAUGGACCAGCUGGUUCGUCGCGUCGUGGAGUUCAAAAAAUUCUUUUUGUCAUAAUGGAUGGAGAACAAAACCUUUCGAGUAAUGAUCAACCACUUAAUCAAGCUUUGCAACUUUUGCGAAAGGAGGGCGUUUAUAUAUUUGCCAUAGGCGUUGGCAGUCACAUCAACAAAGAUGCAAUGCGGUUGUUAACUGAGAAAAACAAGGAUGUUACCGUGACAGGUUCUUAUGAUGAACUACGAGUAAGAGGUCCUACCAUAGUAAGACAAGCUUGUGAAGAACCAAGAAAGCCAAUCAAUGUCAAUCUAGACAUAGUUUUUCUAAUUGAUUCAUCUGCAAACGUCACGAGGGGAGAUUUUGCCAACGAGAAGCAGUUUGUUUCCUCUCUUGGGAGAUAUCUGAAUAUUUCAAAAGGAAAGUCAAGAGGAGCUUUGAUAACGUAUGGAUCUGCAGCAAGCAUUAUUUUUGGGUUCGAUUCGACAAAUGCUAUCAGAAAAUUCUACAAUUUGGUCAAUUCCGCUCCGUAUACAGGUGGUCCUGGACGACUUGACCAAGCUUUAAGAAAGGCCAUUGAUGUGUUUCAGGAUAGCCCUAGAAAGAGCGUUCCAAAGAUAGCUGUUCUUAUUACUCCUUUAAGCCACUUUUCUGGUGCCAGUUCUAAAUUAGUCGAAGAUUCAGCAAAUCGACUCCGUAAUUCUGGAAUCAAAAUUUAUGUUAUUUCUAUUGGACGAUAUUAUGGCCAACAAAAGCUGGAAAAAAUAGUUUCAAGGCAACAAGAUAUAAUUCCCGUAAAUAGCUUUAGUAAACUUAAAUUGCUCAUUCCUUCAAUUGGACGAGAAAUUGCAAAGGGGUCAGAUUUUGCAGUAACAAGUCCUGUGAAAACUUCUCUAAACAUAACUGCAGACAUACUAUUUCUUAUUGAUGCUUCUGACUUCAUUAAUCUGAGAGAUUUUGGAGCGGAAAAAGAUCACGUGAAAGGUUUAGCUAAAAAGCUAAAUGUACAGCCUGGUAAAAGUAGGGUAGCACUUAUUUCAUAUGGAAAGCAACCAAGACUUGUGACCAGAUUUGAUGGGUACAAAGACGUUGAAGAACUUGAGAACUUAAUAGAUAGUGCCCCAUAUAUUGGUGGGCCUGGAAGAAUAGAUCUAGCUUUCGACUUGGCUUCUACUGUUCUAUCAGAGGGAAGGCAAGAUGUACCCCGUAUUGCUKUUCUCAUUUCAAGUGGUAGACAGGACCUGUCCUCUGAUAUUUCGUUUGUAGAAAAGGCUGCAAAUGGUCUAAGGGAUGCUGGUUCAAACACGUAUAUAGUUGCUAUUGGCAGAAAACACAAACGGUCGAACUUACASAAAAUAGUAAAAAGACCAGAAUUUGUAUUUUAUGUUAAAGGCUCCGGGGAGCUUCCUAAAAAUUUGGAUAACAUUGCAAAACAAGUAGCAAGGAACUCAGUUCUUAGGCCUGUGGAUACCUACUCAGCAGACAUUGUAUUUCUUUUGGACUCUUCUCAAACCGUUGGACAAGCUAAUUUUAUAAAGCAGAAAGACUUCUUAAAAUCUCUUGUUCCACAUCUUAAUGUCCAUCCCGGAAACUCUCGCACUGCUGUUGUAAACUACGGAAAUGCAGCAUUAAUAGUAACAAGCUUUGCUUUGUCUGAAAACAUAUCCGAAUUUCAACGACGCCUUGAUGCUUCUUCAUACAUUGGAGGUGCAAGAAGGAUGGAUAAAGGCAUGGAAGCCGYAUAUAACGUUUUAAGGGAAGCUAGACCGAAUCUCCCUAAAAUUACUGUACUGUUUACUUCUGGUCGUCAAUCUGAUAAAACUAAAAAGCUUGCCAGCACAUCAGAGCAGCUUCGCAAUCUCGGGUCCACAAUUCUUGUUGCAGCGAUAGGCGACCACCCAGUGUUAAAUGAAAUGGAACUUAUUCUCCAAGGUAGAAAGACCAUUAUAUAUUUUAAUGGAUUUGGAGACUUUGAACCUAAAAUUGAAGCAACCGCUCAUCAAAUAAGAGAAAAUACUGGUAUACUCACAAACUUUGAAGCAGAUAUCGUCUUUGUGAUUGAUUCUUCUACUAAAGUUUCGCAGUCAAAUUUUGUACGCCAAAAAGAAUUUGUAAAACAAAUAGCAAGGCAUCUAGAUGUGCUUUCUGGCAAAAGUCGAGCUGCUUUGAUAACAUAUGGUAGGGAAGCCGAGACGGCCUUCUCGUUCAAUGGUUAUAAAAGCGACGGAUUUGAAGCUAAAGUUAGCGGUGCAACGUAUGUUGGCGGAGAAAGACGGAUGGACAAGGCUAUAAAGGCUGCUGAAGGACAUGCUGCAAAAGCGCGGCCUCACGUUCCUACUAUUGUAUUGUUUCUAACGGCUGGCAAACAAAGUGCGGAUGCUAAUGAUCUGAACAGGAUUUUACUACAUCUCAAUCAUCCCGAUGUUUUUACAUUUGUAAUACCCAUUGGCUUUGAUUCAGGUUUAAAUGAGCUGAGAUCACUCGUCAAGGAAGAUAAUCACAUCAUUACUGUAGAACAGUUUUCUGAUCUAUUACCGAGAGUGAAACACAUUGCAAAGCAAAUUUUUUCUAUCCCUGUAUCCUGCACUGCUGCUGCAGAUAUGGCCUUUGUGCUUGACUCGUCAAACGGCAUUUUACCAAAAGAUUAUGAAAGAAUGAAAUCGUUCGUAGGACAAUUUGCGAAGGGAUAUCGAUUGUCACUCCAUUCACGUGCUGCUGUAGUUUUUUACAAUACUUUUGCUAAAACAGCAAUUAAUUUUGAAGACUACAGAAGCAGCGAAAAUUUUAAUACAGCUUUGAAAAUUAUUCCUCGUCAAGGUGGAGAUGCUAGGAUUGAUCUUGGCCUUCAGAAAGCACACAGCGACUUAUUUGGACCAAAAGGUACCGCAAGAAGAGGCGUGAAACGAAUAGCGAUAGUUAUAACAGUAGGAAAACAAACUAAAGCAGAUAUAUCAUCACGAGAUAAAAUGAUAGACACACUGAACAAAGAAGGAGUGCAUGUGCACUUAAUAAACGUAGGUCAAAAUGUUGAUCAAAAUGAACUCACCUUGAUCACUAAUAACAGAAAAAGUGUUAUCAAAAUSAUGUCAUUCAAUGAACUUCUGAAUAGAGUGGAAAAUCUUGUACUGGACACAUGUAAAGUACAAACAGAACCACUUCAAGUUGAAGCAGAUGUCGUCUUUGCAUUAGACUCUUCAUCAAGUGUAAAUACAGGGGAAUACAAAAGAUUGAAAGAUUUUGUAAAAAGUACUGCAAGGCUUCUGAACGUUAUGUCUAAUAAAUCCCGAGCAGGAUUAGUGACGUAUGGUUCAAGCUCACGGGUUAACUUUUGGCUUGGUUUAUAUGCAAAUCAAACAGAAUUUUAUAAAAAAAUCGACAAAGCCCCAUAUAUUGGAGGAGAAAAAAGAGCUGAUAGAGCAUUCGUUGAUUCUCUACAAGUAUUCAAAAACAGCAUGAGAGACGUCCCAAAGAUACUCGUUGUUUUGAGUGUUAAAGACCAAUUACAACCAGUUCCUGACAAAGCAUUAAGUACCAUUUCGAAUUCCUUAAAUUAUAUGGGUAUCCAGACAUAUUUGAUUUUGGUUGGUAUGACAAAGAAAAAUCAAAUCACUUCAAUAGUUAAACCUGAAAAUACGUUCAGAGUUAAAACAAUUGACGAUCUACGACCACGACAACAGCCUAUCGUAAUGGAAAUAAUCAAGCGAUCAGAUGACAUCACAGUGGUUCCAAUAGAU